UUUUUAGUUACACUUUACUGUUAUGCUGUAGCGAGGGACUCUUAAUCUGAGCUCGGCUUUUUUUUUUUUUUUUUUUUAACACUGACUCAAGAUCUUGACAGAGUGGCCUCACUGUGCCCCCUCCACAUCACCCGGGAAUGUUUUCUUUAGCUCCGUCUCUGCGCGGUGACUGGCUCCUUCCCCUGUCGGCCUGCCCUCCUCCGGCCUCCUGCUUAGACGGACUGUCGCCUCGCAUCGCUCCCUCACACAGCGGCACACUGACUCGGCUGUCACCACCGGCAGGAUGUCUCCUCUGGCGAGCCGGCUGCUUGUUCUCCUCUGCCUGGCUUUGCCUCUUUACGGGGUGGAAAAGGUGAAAAAUAGAGGAUACCGAAAGGAACCCGACGUUGACAAGUGCACAGGAAACGAUGCAGACAAACCCAACUGCACUAGACACUCCUCGGACGAGGGAAGACCUCCUUGUCGGAGCAGCAUGUAUGGCAGCUGCAUGCAAGGCCCAGCAGGAACCCCUGGAAGAGACGGUAACCCCGGAGCCAACGGCAUUCCCGGCACGCCAGGUAUCCCGGGCCGUGACGGGCUCAAAGGUGAAAAAGGGGAAUGCGUGAGCGAGAUCUUUGAGGAACCCUGGAGGCCCAACUACAAGCAGUGCGCCUGGAACGCACUGAAUUAUGGGAUCGACCUGGGUAAAGUGGCGGACUGCACUUUCACCAAGCUGCGCUCCGACAGCGCUCUCAGAGUCCUCUUCAGCGGUUCCCUGAGACUCAAGUGCAAGAACGCCUGCUGCCAGCGGUGGUACUUCACCUUCAACGGGGCCGAGUGCACGGGACCCCUCCCGGUGGAGUCAAUCAUCUACUUGGACCAGGGAAGUCCGGAGCUCAACUCCACUAUCAACAUCCACAGAACAUCCUCAGUCGAGGGGCUGUGCGAGGGCGUCAAGGCGGGGUUGGUGGACGUGGCGGUGUGGGUGGGGACCUGCGCCGAUUAUCCCCGGGGAGACGCUUCCACCGGGUGGAAUUCUGUGUCCAGGAUUAUCAUAGAGGAACUGCCUAAAUGAAAAGACAGAGGGAUCUGAAAGGGAGGCCCCGGUCUUUGUAGUGAAGGAGCAAGUCGCCUGACACGCCAGAAAUAAUCAGGUGCGGCCGGUUGAGGCGUGACAGAGCCACUGAUGGUACCUUGAAUGUUUUUUUGUUUUUGUUUAAUUACAGGUACUGAAAGUUCUGUUGCUCCGCCUCCUAGAAGUAAAUUCUGUACUGUUUUUUUGUUUUUGUUUAAUUACAGGUACUGAAAGUUCUGUUGCUCCGCCUCCUAGAAGUAAAUUCUGUACUGUUUUUUUGUUUUUGUUCUGUUGGUGGCCUGGUAAUUGAUUACAGUAACCAUUCAAAUGUACUGUAUGAUGUGUGUGUGUGUGUGAAUCGUUUCUGUCAAUAAAAUCACCUUUUUCUAAAGACUCGUCUUCAUCGCUAUUUAUGUUUUACAGAAAAUGUCCCAUUGUCUGACUUUGUGUCCUUUCGUUUCUGAAUUCGUCCUUCCAUUUCUCCAUUACUUCAUCCAUCGUUGCGUCUUUCGUUUCAUGCAUUAAUCAACAUCACUCAUCUGUCAGUUCAUCUAUUAUUAACACACCCAUCUGUUUGUCCAUUGUUUUAUUAGCAUCAUUUUUUUUUUUGACAUGGGCCAAAACUUCCCAGCUGAAAACUGAGGGUCGACAAAACGUUGAUUUAUUCUUGAAUGUUACAAUUUUGCUAAAUGUUUUACUAAAAUAUUUUAGUCAAAUAAAGAAGUGGAGUUUCUGUAGGGGAGGACGCCCGUAAGUCAUCGUAGAUCUGAGACCUAAAAACUAGAAAUGAUGCCCUAAAUGUUGAUUGUUUUCUAUUACUGCUGGACUUUAUUGUGUGCAUUCUCAGCGAAAAGAACAGGACACGGGGUCACUCAUUGAAAACUUUACCAAAAUUGGGGUCACGAUCCUGGGUGGUUUGAGUCAUUUUUGGGUUUGUUUGUUUAUUUUAGUUUCUUGUCUUUGGUUAGAUCAACCAUGUUUCUGCUUUUCUUUGCUUCAGUCCUUUCUUAGUUAUCUUGGUUUAAUUAUGUUCCUUAUAUCUAGCUAUUUGCUAGUCUUAGAAUCAUUUCUUUUCUUGUUACCAGUUUGUGUAUCCUGUGCCAUAUCCUCUCUCUUCCCCUCACACCUGGAAUCCAUUUCUAAUCAGCCAUCUGCUCCUUGUCCAAUAAUCAACCUCCUCCGGUCAAUAUACAUCUCAUUGUCAGUCACUCCUUAUUGGUUCUUCCCAUUAUUCUUUUUCUUGUGUUUCCCUGCUGGUCAGUGAUCCCUGGAUUUGUUUCUUUUUUUUGUGUUUUUUUUGUUCUCCCCAGGCUCCCUGUAUGCCCAGGUUUUCUUUUUCUUCUUCUUCAUUAAAUCUUCAAAUCUACUUACUGCCUCGGUGUUUCUACAUUCAAGUCAUGACACUAAAAAAAAAAACGCUGCUGCAUGAAGGUUUGAAUUCAACAAGGAAAAAACAUGGUUGCUUAAAAAAAAAAAAUAAAAAUGUGACUAUUUUGUACCUUCCACUUUUAGAGGAUUUUAAUUUGUGUGUGUGUUUUUUUUUUAAAGGCAGUGAAAUUUUUUAUGUGACAUUUAUACACGUUGCAUAUUAUAAACCCAGAACCUCAGGGUGGAAAACCAAGCUAGUGGCAUUCUUGAAUAGCAGUCUAAGGCUGCACCAAAAAAAAAAAAAAAAAUCACCUGUUUUUACAGGUUUCUAAUGUAAUGUCUGAUAAAUACACUGUAAUAUUAAAUAUUUAACUGUGUUCAUAGAGGUUGGGAAGUCAGGAAACUGGCAGCCUGGAAAAGUGUGGAAUUAGGCGUUGCAACCAAAGACCACACCCUGCAAUAAAAUAGGUCAAAAAUAAAACAUUUAUUGUGUUCACGCACUAAUAAAGCACUUCACAUUUUAUAACAAAAUGUCAUAAAACAAUACACUUAAGUUUGUGUAAUGACGGGGGAAAAAAAGACUUUAUGGAAGGAGCAUCAUCAACGCUGCGGUUCACACAUGGGUAAUUAAUAAUAAAGAUAAAACUGGAGACCUGAGAUCUUGAUGCUGACGAUCAAGCUUUAAAUAGACUGCUUUUCGUCUUUCUGUUGCCAGAAAACGUAAACAACUCUUCCUCUGUGGUAGAAUGCUGAAUUCACCACACAUCGUUACAACAUGCCCCUCGUUUGAAAAAAAUAGUUACCAUAUCACAUUUAUAUUGUUUCCAAAGGGACAAACUGAAACAACUCAUCCCCACAAACUGUGCGUUUAAAUCAGACGCGAAUUCCCAUCAUGUUUUUACAGAAGAGGAUUAAGGCCUCUGAACAAAAACGGGACUGUUUUUUUUUUCCCCCUCAGAAUUCAGGAUUAAAUCUCAGGAUUUUUACUUUUCUCUGAAAAAUCUGACUUUUCUGUAGAAUUCUGGUUUUAAUCUUCUAAAUUCAAAAGUCAGAAUUUUGG